AUGGCACCUCAGUUACAGUUGCAUGCUGUCGCGUUCGUUUCUCCACAAAAUCAUCCAAUCCUGAUACGUUCCUUCUCGCAUCGCAAGCAGGAUGACUUGAAAUACCAAUACAUCGCACAUACGAGCCUUGAUGUCAUCGAAGAGCGAACUGGUUCUAAUAGCAAGUCGAAUGAGUGCUACUUAGGGCUGCUCUAUACGUUGCAGGAUGUUGCUGUUUACGGCUAUGUUACGCCGCUCAAAGUCAAGAUUAUCCUCUCCUUAGGGCUUACUGAUUCCGUCGUGAGGGACGCGGAUAUUACCAUGAUUUUCCGUGCGAUGCAUAUGGCAUACUUCCAGUCUCUCGCAAAUCCUUUUUUGCGCCUCGACGCGCCAUUCGACUCGACAACAGAUCAUACUGCACCACUUACACAAGGAUUAAAACGCUGGAAGGGAUUCAAGAGGCGAGUAGAUGACGUGGGACGUGCAGUCGGUGCUAAUGUACCCCCGGAUGAUGAUGAAACUUCUUGAAAACCUCCAUCAGUUUGUGUGAUGUACAGUCCAGGCUUCUCUAAAGUGUAUGGUUCAUUUGGUGGC